AUGCAGCUGGCCUGUUGGCUCCUGGAAGGACCACAAAGACUAUAUUUUUCAUACCCUGCUGAAGGAAUGAAAUUCAUCCUGCUCAUUCUGCUGUUUUCAGUGGGUGCGGCCAAUGCCGCUACCAUCUCCCGGGCUCUGUGGCAGUUCCGUGCACUAAUCAAAUGUGCCAUCCCGAACAGCAACCCACUACACGAUUACAAUAACUAUGGCUGCUACUGUGGCCUCGGAGGCAGUGGAACACCAGUGGACACUCUUGACAGGUGCUGUCAGGUGCAUGAUAACUGCUAUUCUAUGGCCAAGAAGCUUUCAGCGUGUAAAGGACUUCUGGACAACCCUUACACAGAGAUAUAUACCUACAGCUGCUCAGGCACCACCAUUACCUGUAGUACAGCCAAGAACGACGAGUGCGAGAUGUUCAUCUGCGAGUGCGACCGCAAGGCGGCCAUCUGCUUCUCGCAGGCGCCCUACAACCCGGAGUACAAGAACCUGGACUCCGCCCUGUGCGGCUGACCGCCCGCCCGGCCCCGGCCCCGGCCACGACCCCGACCCCGACCCCGACUCCGCGCAAUAAA